UAAAAAUCAUUUACUUAUGGUACAUUUUUUGAAUUGCAAAAGUAGCAUAAACAAAAUUUCUUCUUAUGAGUCUAACUUGGCUUACUAAGUUGGCCAUGAAUGUGCUAUAGAAAACUCAAACAGUUCUCUCAGUCUGACGAACAGGAAGCAUCAGCAUUAGCAGCAGCAGCAGAAAAUCGAAAAAAAAUUACUAUGGCUAUAAAAAAGGAUAUCGAAGAAUUCAAAGACAAAGAGUCUGGGAAUAAACUCAAGGAUAUUAUACUAUGGACCAAUUGGCGCAAGACUUUUUUAAUUUUUAGUCUUAUCUUAAUCUCUCUGGUGUAUUUGCAUGUCCGUUCAGUGAUUACAGUUAUAAGCGAAUUGGGUUUGUCUAUCCUAACGGUUACUACAUUGCAUCGGAGCUACAUAGCGUAUAUGCGUUUAGUCAAGAAAGUUGAAGUAAUGGAUCCGUACUCACAAUAUCUGGAUGUGGAUCUUAGUAUAUCCUUAACGCAGGCAGAUAUUUUGGCAAAAUCCAUUGCCAAAUAUUUCAAAGCAUUUUUUACCAAAAUGCAAUCGUUAGUGGUAAUGGAUAAAUUAUGGGAAUCGUUGGAGGUGUUCGUUGGACUUUGGCUUUUAAGUUUAUUUGGAAACUAUAUUCAAUUUCAUACUCUUCUGUUGGCGGCUUGGAUAACACUUUUCACUUUGCCCAAAUUAUAUGACUGGCAGAAGCCCUUCUUUGAUGUCCAAAUAGAGAAUUUGCAACUACUUCGUGCUGUAUUGAAACGUAUGGUGAUGAAUCAACUAACUACAAUCAAGAACAAACUAAACUGCAAGAAUCAGGCAAUUGCAGUCGAGCGGGUCCAGAUGGGGAAUCAAUUGCCUGAAGCUAAUUUAGAAGUCCCGAAUUAAACCCAUGGAAACAAAUCAAUGAAAUAAAAUGAUUAUAACGUCUAA